AUGGCAAUCCUGCAGUCGGCCGAGGGCAUCGUCAGGCCAGGUGGUAAUGGAAGUAGCCCAGACAAGGCUGGAUGGCAGAAGGAAGCACAAAAACCAGAACGCUAUGGGAUCACUGAACCUCUGCUGGUGAAGGACAAGAAGCAAGCACCUCUCAGCCAGCUCACAGCCAGGAGUUAUCCUGCUUCACUCCAUUUGCUGGUACAUGCAGAAGGUGAACAGCUGCUCCUGUUGCUGGAGAAAAAUGAGGGUCUUUUUGCAGCCCACUACACAGAAACACAUUACCAGGAGGAUGGGAGCGCAGUCACCGGUGCUCACAACGUUACGGAUAACUGCUACUAUCAUGGGGAAGUGCAGGGGCACCAAAACUCUGACGUCACCGUCAGCACCUGUUCAGGACUGCGAGGCUUCAUUGCACUUGAGAACAAGACAUUCAUCAUUGAGCCAGCAUCUGGCUAUGAUUCUGAUACACACUUCAUUUACAGAGUGGAAGAACUCAAACUAACCCCUGGAACCUGUGGCCAUGGCUUCAACAUGUCGUCGGACAUACCUAAGAAGCACGUUAUUAACCCCUUGCAAUAUUUCCACACCAGGCCUAAACGGCACGCACAGAAGACAACAAAAUACGUUGAGCUGAUCAUUGUUGCUGACAAUAGAGAGUUCCAGAAACAGGGAAAGGACGUGGAGAAGGUGAAACAGAGACUGGCGGAGAUAGCCAAUUACGUUGACAAGUUCUACAGGGCUCUGAACAUCCGAGUGGCCCUGGUGGGUCUGGAGGUGUGGAGUGAUGCUGAUAAAUGUCCCAUCACCCAGGAUCCCUUCACCACCCUACACGAGUUCCUAGACUGGAGGAAAGUCAAACUGCUCUCCCAGAAACCUCACGACAAUGCUCAGCUCAUAAGCGGGGUUUACUUCCAGGGUACCACUAUUGGCAUGGCGCCUAUUAUGAGUAUGUGCACGGUUGAGCAGUCUGGAGGCAUUGUUAUGGAUCACUCUGAGAACCCACUGGGUGCAGCAGUGACUUUGGCCCAUGAAUUGGGACACAAUUUCGGCAUGAACCAUGACACCCCAGAGCGUGGUUGUGGCUGCAGGAUGACAGCAGAUCGAGGAGGCUGCAUUAUGACGCCUUCUACAGGGUACCCAUUCCCAACUGUGUUCAGUACCUGCAGUAAGAAGGACCUCGCUGCCAGUUUAGAGAAAGGUGUUGGCAUGUGUCUGUACAACAUGCCAGAGGUCAAGGUGCUCUAUGGUGGUCAGAAGUGCGGUAAUGGCUACGUGGAGGAGGGAGAAGAGUGUGACUGCGGUGAGCUGGAGGAAUGUAUGAACCCAUGCUGCAACGCCACCACGUGCACCCUUAAAGGAGAUGCUGUGUGUGCCCAUGGACAAUGCUGUGAAGAUUGCCAGCUGAAGCCAGCUGGCACCCUGUGUCGAGAGUCCAGUAACUCGUGUGACCUGCCAGAGUUCUGUACUAGUGCCAAUCCUCACUGCCCGGCCAACGUUUAUCUGCAUGACGGCCACGCCUGCCACAAUAUGGACGGCUACUGCUACAACGGCAUCUGUCAGACUCAUGAACAACAGUGCAUCACCCUGUGGGGACCUGGAGCUAAGCCCGCCCCUGGGAUCUGCUUUGAGAGAGUCAACUCUGCGGGAGAUCCUUACGGGAAUUGUGGGAAGGAUUCCAAAGGCUCGUUCGCCAAAUGUGAAGCGAGUGACGCAAAGUGUGGUAAAAUUCAGUGUCAAGGCGGUGCCAACCGGCCGGUGAUCGGUACAAAUGCCGUUUCCAUUGAGACCAAUAUCCCACUGCAAGAAGGAGGCCGCAUCCUGUGUCGAGGAACCCACGUUUACCUCGGCGAUGACAUGCCCGACCCCGGACUGGUUCUGGCUGGUACAAAGUGUGGAAACGGCAUGGUGUGCUUGAAUCGGCAGUGCCAGAAUGUCAGCAUCUUUGGUGUGCACGAGUGCUCUGCAAAGUGCCAUGGACGUGGGGUGUGCAACAACAAAAAGAAUUGCCACUGUGAAGCGCACUGGGCCCCUCCAUUUUGUGAGAAAACAGGCUUUGGAGGAAGUGUUGACAGCGGACCAAUGAGACUGGCAGCCGACAGUGUCAUUACUGUGGUCGUUCUGAUUACCGUGGUCAGCCUCCUGGUCGUCGCCACAGUCGUUGUGCUGAAGAGGAAGACUCUGCUGCGCCAUCUCUUCACAAACAAGAAAAGUGCCUUGGAGAAACUCAGAUCCAUGGAGGCAAACCGGCCCACUACCCCCAGCAUGAUUCAGUCCAUGUUCAGGACCACGCCACAACAAAUGUCUCCACUCAAACCUUCUGGAUCCAGUGUUUUUAAGCCAUCUCUCCUGAAUGCAGAGUCUCAUGUUGCUCCACAUAGUUUUCACUCUCAUAGUCUGCGCAGACUGCCACUCUACCAGCCGCUGCACAUCAGCCAUCCUAUGCCAGUGUCUCUGAGUGUUGGCCAGCCACUCCUGCCCCCUCUUCUUGCUCAACACGGGAUGCCACCUGGCCAUGAUUCUGCCUCGCCACCAAGAAUGCCGCUUUUCCACAGUCUACCCCGCCAGCAGUCAUUAUAUAGAAUGGAACAGGACUUUGAGAAGCCAAGUCCGCCCCAGAAGCCUCUUCCUGCUGACCCAAUAGGGAGAAGCUCUCGACUUGGUCACAGUUCCCCCACAGCCAGAAUCCACAUCCCUGGGACUGGACCCCUCCCAGUACCCAUCCCCAAUGUGCCAAGGCCUCUUCCCACUAUCCCUUUACCAAACAGGCCAGCGCCAGUGUUGCCCUACAGACCACCAAAGACUCAAAAGGAUUGCUGAGCACAUAACAUCAACGAUGAGAGGAUCUCCAAGUGGCAGACAGGGACAUUCUUGAUUUGCACUACUUCCUGAGACUCUGUAUCACCUUUUGGACAGUGUCAGAGUUUUUCUAGAAAGGAGGCGAACGUCACACCUUGGUGCUACGCCUCCAUAAGGUGCUAUGUUGUCUUUGCUCAGGUACCAAUAAGUAUUUAAUUAUUUAACUUCAAGAUUACUACAUUGUUCACAGAAGACUCUGAUGCAAAGUUGUUGUUGUUUUUUGUUUGUUUUGUCAUGUUUCACAAGAAAAGAAAAACAAAACAAACUAAU